UUUGAUCAUGACACUUUUAGCGAUCCAAACGUAUGGCCGCACGAGUUUGAAACGCACGGCGACCGCACCAAAGGUCGGUUUGAAAAUGUUGUGUGGCCUCAAUACGACUCUACACAGAAGAAAUACCUUAUGAUCGGUAUGAAGCCAAAAGUGCGCGACCACUACCACAGCCAUCGGUUGUCAUUCUGGUUACAUCUGAUUCCCAAACUUCACCGGCCGGGCGGCGAUGAGGACCUAUACCUACGGCACCAUUUGCUGCUCGAUCACGACAAUCAGCAAUCAUAU